AGGGUCGGAGGUCGGAGCAUGCGACGCGAACAAACCUCUCUCAUACAUACGUCAUGCGUCGCGUCGGUGUGAACAUGUACAACAUAUGCAUUCCAUAGGCUCACUGUAAACGCAGGUGCACGCGUUGUGGGAUUGAUACGUGCUCGCUUUUCCGAAGAAAAAUGAAGAGAUCUCCGUUGAACAGUGCAUCGCCCGGUGGUCGACCGUACGGCGCGAGGCAUACGCCGUAUAACUGGAAAUCGCCCGGAGGCUCGUGCGGUAGAGGUUAUCUGUCCGCGGACGAUAACAAUUACCAACGUUUCUCCGCGAGCGGUGCGGGAUCGCAGCCCUGCGACGGCGAUUUCAUCCCUCUGGACAUCAGCACGCCAAUGAGAGGUACAACACCGCAACACGACAAGUUCAACGCCGCUAAUCGGUACAGUCCGUCCGGUGGAAAUCGUGGCAGUCCGGGCAGUGGAUGGUACAACUUCAAGGGUAACUAUUAUACCUCGCCGAGGUCAAAUGGUGGCAACCGGUACCCCAACUACCAGCAUUCUCCCAGGUUCCGUGGGCAGAAAAAAAAGGACUACAAAGGAGCGCAUAGGCAAGUGAAUGUAUCAGCAUAUGUAGAUAUGAAUUCCUUUUUGGAAGAUCCCUGGGAAAAUCUAGUCAAAAAAUUAGAUAAUUCUAAGGACACGAGUAAAAGUAAAGAACUAGAGAAUGAAUCUCUUUUAUCUAAUUCAAAACUAACAACUGAUUUAACAGAAAUAUCAGGAAGCAAACUGUUGAAGGAUAUGAACUUGGAUGAGUCGCAAAGCAGUCAAGAGCAUACAAAUACAAGUUCUGUAGAUGUAAGCUUUAAGGAGCAAAAUACAGAUAUUAGUCAGGCAUCAAAAGUCAAUACUUCGGUAGAAUCGGAGAUUGGUGAUACCUGUUUUGAUCAAAAUUCGCCAAAUGAAAGUACAUGCAGUGUCAAUGACAAGAUCUGUGGAGUCAUGCAAGAGAAUAGUAUUCAUUUGAAUGCGUCAUUGACGGACACUGACCAAAAAGAAAUAUAACAAUAAUACAAGAACACAAAGUGUAUUACAAGAGAAAAUGCAUUACAGUAAACAAAAGUACACUUGAUUGUUGCAUAUACAGUCUUGUACUCUUGUAGAUAUUGUAUAUAAGUAUAGCAUCUUGAAAUUAAAUGCGAUUGACUAUUUUUUACAGACAUUAUUUUUUUGAAGAUACGUUAAUAGUAUGGAUAGAUUAUACUGUACGUGAGAUACAACAUAUUACCAUCAUCUUACAGAUUAUAUUUUCACAAUUUGGCUGUGAAAAAUAUUUAGAAUUUAUAUAGGACAAUUAUAUGUGUGCAAUUUUUUGUGUACAUAUUAAGUCUGUGAAGUGUGAGAAGUAAACUUGAAUUACAUAGACAAUUUCUCUCACUAAUACAAUUAUAUUAAAUCAUUAUUUAACAGGAUCAGGUCAUAAAGACAUACAAAAAAUUGAAAUUUGAAAUUUUAUACAAAAAUGUGAAAUUUAUUUAUAUUUUAGAUUUGUUUUCUAAGCUGCGAGUAUUGAAGAUCUAUUUGAAAUGUCAAUUUCGAUAUUCAAUUAGGAUCAAUAGUAUAUCUUUUUACUAUGCAUAAAUACGCGUUGCUUUUAUUUUUUUUCUAUUGUUAUUUAAUGAAUCUACGUGCAGCGGUAUGUAAUUGUAUUAAUUUUUCAAUUUCAAACUUUUAAGUAAGUUUGAUUAAAUUUAUAUUGAAUUACCUGAUAUUGGCUAUGAAUAUAUUUCAAAAUUUUUAUAUACAUAGAAAUAAAUGUAUUCAUUGAAUUUGUGUACAUACAUAUAAAUCUUACUAUGACAGCUGAAAGAAAAAUAGAAAGCACUUUAAUUUGGACAACAAAUUUUUCAUUGACAUUGGUAGAUAUGUAAUCGUUAGAUUUGUAUUUCUCGUCAUUGUAUAUAAUGUCUGUAUAUACAAUGUUUUUAAUAAAUACAUAGUAUAUAAUAACAAAUAAAUUUGACAUUAUAUAAAUUACAUUCAAUACAUAAAUGGAUUAUGUAAAUUAAUCAAAUGUUAUUUAAGUGUACAUCUGUGUAAUUUCAUAAAAUAUUUAGGUUUGGAUUUUUAAACUUAAUAUGAAAUUUAAUUCGAUCGUAUAUAACUUAGAAAGUUAUUUUUGUGUAUUCAUAUUGUUUUUAUGAUAAUUAGUUGUAUUUAGAUUAGAAUUGCAAUAUAUAUUGUUAAAUAAGCAACCUAAUUGCAAUGAAUAAGGCUUAUUUUUUUUACGUGAUAACUAGUUUUAGAUAUUAGAUAUUAGAGAUAUUGUACAUAGGUAUUUCCAAUAUAAAGUUGAAUUGAAUGAAAAA